GCCAGUCCAUUUUCACAGCACUUCAUACAUUUCACUGCAGAAGUUUCGAGCAGGAAGCGUUAUCUGUGUUGAGAGGCGGCUGAGGAGGAAAGCAUGGCCCUAAACGCAGACGCUAGCUGGUUGUUUCUGAUCCGUAUACAUCAUGCCCCGGACACACGAGGAAUCUGUGUGCUCUGAUGAAUCUAGAUGAUGAGGACUUUGAAUGGGAGCCUCCGUCCGAGGCCGAGAUGAAGGUGUUUCAGGCUCGACGGGAGCGACAGGACAAGAUCAGCAAGCUGAUGGGAGACUAUCUGCUGAAGGGCUACAAGAUGCUGGGAGAGUGCUGUGAGCUGUGUGGGACAAUUCUGCUGCAAGAUAAGCAGAAGAAAAAUUACUGUGUUGCUUGUCAAGAGCUGGACUCCGAUAUUGACAAGGACAACCCAGCUUUAAAUGCCCAGGCAGCUUUGUCACAGGUACGAGAGCGACAGCUUGCGACUCAGCCUCUCCCUGAAUCUAACGGAGCUUCAUCCAGCGAUCCCCCUCCCUCCAUCACGGGGCAGCCCCGGCCGGAGCACUGCGAGGGGGCCGCGUCUGGACUGAGAGGUCCUCCUCCCGCCAUACAGCCCACCCCUCUUUCUGUUCCCACCGUCAGCUCCAACUUUCUGCCACCAGCCAACCCUCCUCUCCAGACUGCACCUCCUUUAGGGCCUUUGGGCAACACCCUGCACCACCACCCAGCCUUGUCAAGCGCAGAGGAGGCAGUGCUACACAAACUCAGAUGGGCCACACAGGAGCUCCAGCACUCUGUGUCAGUGGAGGCCAGUAUCCAGCUCUGCAGUCUGAUCCGAGGCUGUGCUGAAUCCCUGCGUAGUUUGAAAGAACUGCAGCUCUCAUAAGACUGAACCACAGACAGAGCUGUAACAGCAGACACAUAACGAAAUACGAACAGCACACACACAUGUACAUAUAUAUUUAAAUAUAUAUAUAUAGUAACAUACUCAACGGAGUGUUCCGGUUGUGUUUAUGUUUGUACUGAAGCGGCUGAGUAUGUGACUGUGUCGUGUGUUGAAAUACAUUGCUUGAGCUGCAAAGGCUGUUUCUUUCUCUCUGAUUUGUUUGCAUUUGAGUUACAUUAUAAGUUUUAACUUUGUUUCUUUAUGAACUCAUUAUUGGAUGAAAACUCCACAUUUUAUGAAAGUACCAACUUAAAUGUUGUGACAAUGUUAGAAAAAGCUACAGUUAGCAAAGUGAAGUGUUUCAAAACAGCAGCAGAUCCAUCUCAGUGCUGUGAGUGCUGUUUUGGUAACAAAUAACAGCAUCAUACGUUUGAUAGUUGGGGCUUUUCUAUUGUUUUUCCAGCGACUCCUUAGUUCAGCUUAAAAGUAUUUCUAGACCUUGCACUUUUUUAUUACACUGCCCUGUGUCUAGCAUUUUUGUAUUCCACUUCAGAGUCUUCCAUCGUUUUUCCAUGUUUUUGCAGGGGAAUGCAAAACCAAGGGUUAUUUUUUUCUUUUCCACAUUUCACUGCCCAUGUCUCACAUUUUUAAAUGCAAAAACAUGUUCUCCGUGAUGGAUCUUAAUAGGGCCCAUUCACAUAGAACAUGUCUUUAUGCUGAAGAACAUUUGGAUUCCAUUGCGCUGCUUUGUGUGGAUGCAUGUUUCUUUUAUGGGAAUAAUAAAGGGUAAUUGAGAGUUUAUAUCUCAAAAA